UGUCUGUCGGGGAAGUGGGAGGGGGCCUGGGCGCGCCAGGAGGAAAGGGCCUGUCGCCUAGGGCUGGGAGCCACCAGUUUAGCCGCCAGGGUGACUCCACAAACAGCCCCCUGACUCCCACUCCUGCCCAGCCCACACAACUGCAGCAGCAGGUGCAGUGUGGGAGAGCCACGGAGACCAUGGCCCGCCUCUUCAGUCCUCGGCCGCCCCCCAGUGAAGACCUGUUCUAUGAGACCUACUACAGCCUGAGCCAGCAGUACCCGCUGCUGCUCCUGCUGCUGCUGAUUGUGCUGGGCGGGCUCCUGGCACUGCUGGUGGUGGCCUGGGCCAGCGGCAGGGAGCUGGUUUCAGAUCUGGGCUUCCUGACCACUGUGCUGUGUGCUCUGGGGGGCUUCUCGUUGCUGCUGGGCCUGGCUUCCAGAGAGCAAAGACUGCAGCGCUGGACGCGGCCCCUGUCUGGCCUGGUGUGGGCCGCGCUGCUGGCACUGGGUCAUGGCUUCCUGUUUACUGGGGGCCUGGUGAGCGCCUGGGACCAGGUGAGAGCUGGGGUCAUGGGGCUGCUUGGGUCUGAAUCUCACACACAGGUAGGGAGUAGCCAACAGCUUCUCGUGCCUCCUCCCCAGGUGUCCUUUUUCCUCUUUGUCAUCUUCACUGUGUACUCUAUGCUGCCCUUGGGCAUGCGGGAUGCUGCUGCUGCAGGCCUCACCUCCUCACUGUCACACCUGCUGGUUCUGGGUCUGUAUCUGGGGCAGCAGGCAGACUCCAGCCCAGCUCUGCUGCCACAGCUGGCAGCAAAUGCGGUCUUGUUCCUAUGCGGGAACGUGGCGGGGGCCUACCACAAGGCGCUGAUGGAGCGCGCGUUGCGGGCCACCUUCCGGGAGGCGCUGAGUUCCCUGCACUCCCGCCGGCGGCUGGACACCGAGAAGAAGCACCAGGAACACCUUCUCUUGUCCAUCCUUCCUGCCUACUUGGCUCGGGAGAUGAAGGCAGAGAUCAUGGCACGCCUGCAGGCUGGACAGGGGUCUCGGCCAGAGAGCACCAAUAACUUCCACAGCCUCUAUGUGAAGAGGCAUCAGGGAGUCAGCGUGCUGUAUGCUGACAUCGUGGGCUUCACCCGGCUGGCCAGCGAGUGCUCCCCCAAAGAACUGGUGCUCAUGCUCAACGAGCUCUUUGGCAAGUUCGACCAGAUUGCCAAGGAGCACGAGUGCAUGCGUAUCAAGAUCCUGGGAGACUGCUACUACUGCGUCUCAGGGCUGCCACUCUCAUUGCCAGACCACGCCAUCAACUGUGUGCGCAUGGGGCUGGACAUGUGCCGGGCCAUCAGGAAGCUUCGGGCAGCCACUGGCGUGGACAUCAACAUGCGUGUGGGCGUGCACUCAGGCAGCGUGCUGUGUGGAGUCAUCGGGCUGCAGAAGUGGCAGUAUGAUGUCUGGUCCCAUGAUGUCACACUGGCCAAUCACAUGGAGGCAGGUGGCGUGCCAGGACGAGUGCAUAUCACAGGGGCCACCCUGGCCCUGCUGGCAGGGGCAUACGCUGUGGAGGAUGCGGCUGUGGACCAUCGGGAUCCGUACCUGCGGGAGCUCGGGGAACCCACCUACCUGGUCAUUGAUCCCCGGGCUGAGGAAGAAGAUGAGAAGGGCACUGCGGGAGGGCUGCUGUCCUCCCUUGAAGGCCCCAAGAUGCGUCCCUCUCUGCUGAUGACCCGAUACCUGGAGUCCUGGGGUGCAGCCAAGCCUUUUGCCCACCUGAGUCACAUAGAGAGUCCAGUGUCCACAUCCACCCCUCUCCCGGAGAAGGCCCUGUCUUCCUUCAGCCCACAGUGGAGCCUGGACCGGAGCCGCACCCCCAGGGGACUUGACGACGAGCUGGACACUGGAGAUGCUAAGUUCUUCCAAGUCAUCGAACAGCUCAACUCUCAGAAGCAGUGGAAGCAAUCAAAGGACUUCAACCCACUGACCCUGUACUUCCGAGAAAAGGAGAUGGAGAAAGAGUAUCGACUUUCUGCACUCCCUGCCUUCAAAUACUACGUAGCCUGCACCUUCCUGGUUUUUCUCUCCAACUUCAUCAUUCAAAUGCUGGUGACCAACAGGCCCCCAGCCCUGGCCAUCACCUACAGCAUUACCUUCCUUCUCUUCCUCCUCCUCCUUUUUGUCUGCUUCUCAGAGCAUCUGACGAGAUGUGUCUUGAAAGGUCCCAAGAUGCUUCACUGGCUUCCCGCACUGUCUGGCCUGGUGGCCACCCAGCCCACACUGAGAGUGGCCUUGGGCACUGCCACCGUCCUCCUGGUCUUUGCUAUGGCCGUUACCAGCCUGAUCUUCUUGCCAGCAACUUCCAGCUGUCCUUUCCACACCUGGAAUACAUCCUCCCUGGCCUUCAACCUGUCCUGGGAGCUCCCUGGCUCCCUGCCACUGGUCAGCAUCCCAUACUCUAUGCACUGCUGCGUGCUCGGCCUCCUGUCCUGCUCCGUCUUCCUGCAAAUGAGCUUUGAGUGGAAGCUGCUGCUGCUCCUGCUGUGGCUGGCGGCCUCCUGUGUGCUCUUCCUGCAUUCCCAUGCCUGGCUGUCCGACUGCCUGGUCACCCGCCUCUACCUGCACCGCUGGGACUCCAGGCCGGGGGUGCUCAAGGAGCCCAAGCUGAUGGGUGCUGUCUCCUUCUUCAUCUUCUUCUUCACCCUCCUGGUCCUGGCUCGGCAGAAUGAGUAUUACUGCCGCCUGGACUUCCUCUGGAAGAAGAAACUGCGGCAGGAGCGGGAGGAGACAGAGACCAUGGAGAACCUGACCAGGCUGCUGCUGGAGAAUGUGCUCCCGGCGCAUGUGGCCCCCCAGUUUAUCGGCCAGAACAGAAGAAACGAAGACCUCUACCACCAGUCCUACGAGUGUGUUUGUGUCCUGUUCGCCUCAGUCCCAGACUUUAAGGAGUUCUACUCUGAGUCCAACAUCAACCACGAAGGGCUGGAGUGUCUACGGCUGCUCAAUGAGAUAAUCGCUGAUUUUGAUGAGCUGCUCUCGAAGCCCAAGUUCAGUGGGGUGGAGAAGAUCAAAACCAUAGGCAGCACCUACAUGGCAGCUACCGGCUUAAACGCCACCUCCGGGCAGGAUGCCCAGCAGGAUGCUGAGCCAAACUGCAGCCACCUGGGCACCAUGGUGGAAUUCGCAGUGGCCCUUGGGUCUAAGCUGGACGUCAUCAACAAGCACUCAUUCAACAACUUCCACCUGCGUGUGGGGUUGAACCACGGACCAGUAGUGGCUGGAGUGAUUGGGGCCCAGAAACCACAGUAUGAUAUCUGGGGGAACACGGUGAAUGUGGCCAGCCGCAUGGAGAGCACAGGUGUCCUGGGCAAGAUCCAAGUGACUGAAGAGACAGCAUGGGCCCUGCAGUCCUUAGGCUACACCUGCUACAGCCGGGGCAUUAUCAAGGUCAAAGGUAAAGGGCAGCUCUGCACCUACUUCCUAAACACAGACUUGGCCCGGACUGGACCUCCCUCGGCCACCUUGGGCUGAAAUCUGCAGCCUUCCUCUCCACCUCUAAGAUCCUCAACAAAGACUGACUUGUCUGGAGCCAGUUGACACUGAGGCGUCAGGGAAAGCUGGGGACACCUUCUAGCCUCUCCACAGAACAGCUCCCUCCCAGGGUAAACCUAGCUUGUGUGUGUGCCCCUAGGAACACAGGAGUGUUGUCAAGAGUGACUCUUCAUUGAUGGAUGAGACAGAGGAUCCCUCUGUCUGCCUGCCCGUCUGAGACCAGGAUUUUGGAUACUUUAGAAAGGUCAAAAGGGCCCAGAUGGUAGUGCACCUGGUUGACCGCAUACAUUAUAGUGUGCAUAGACCCAAGUUCAAGCCCCUGGUCCCCACCUGCAGGGGGAAAGAUUCAUGAGUGGUGAAGCAGGGCUACAGGUGUCUCCCUGUCUCUGUCUACCCCCUCCCUUCUCAAUUUCUCCCUGUUUCUAUUCAAUAAUAAAUA